AUGCCUAGCAUCUGCGAGAACGUCAAUGCCAAUGCCGCACGGAAUGGAAGAGCCAAUUAUGCUCUGCGAAGGGAUGCCAAUGGACAUCUGGGAAGACUCCAGAACGUGGCAUUCCUGGAGCUUAAUGUUGAUUCGGAUCAGGCUCGCAUCGAUCGCCGCCGUGACCAAGAGUCUUGUCCAGGCAACUGGAAAGCUGGUCAUCCAUGCCCCGAGAACAACCAACCCCUGGUAGUCCCUGAGCCCUUCAACCAAGGUGGUCGCACUGUUUCCACCGGGUUUGUCGGCCAACGACUUAAUCCUAACCUACCCCAGGGCGCAGGAGGGUCGUACCAGAUCGCAGACCCAAGCGGUGCCGACGCAGGCAUGGCUUGGACUUGCGAUGAGUUUCCCCCUGCUUUUUCAGUUGAGGGAGGCAACGACGCAAAUGGAGUCUCGGCGAACACUUACUGCGCGCCCUGGGGCAUGGCCGCAUGUGAUGGUGCCUUCACUCUGUCGGAACAGAACUGGCAAAGCAACGCUCAUGGUACAAUCAAACAGAGAGCUGGUCCCACCCCUGGUGCCGUGGGUAUCUUUACCAUCCGCUUCCUCACAGACUUCGUCGACGAUGAUCAUGCAUGGGCCUCACGGGUGGACUACUAUAUACCUGGCGGCGAGGCGGGGUUCAUAUACGGAGUAGAUGAGAAUGUCCAGCGCAGGAGUUCUAGACACUUGACUCUCAUUAGUGAGCGUACCUUUGAUAACGGCACUGUCAUCGAACUCUCCAAACGCGUCCCUCAAGGACAUGGCCAAAAUCAUGUUUUACGCUCAGCCAGGGAAGACAAAGUCAUCGACGAGUUCGUCAAGCGAGACGAUGCGCCAAUUGCCACGAGGACGAUCUCAGAAGGCCUCAUUGCAGCGCGUGCGAAAUGUACAGAACCUGCCUACACAUCCGAUCCUCCACAGAAAGGCGUCGAGGACCCCAAAUCACCGGCUGCACCAUCUGUGGCUACCUCAACCUUUACAACGAUUAGCACCUCCACCAGUGGUGCCCCUCAGCCCACUGGAACCUGCAAAUUCUCUAUUGAUGAGAUAUGGACCUGUGAGGUCUCCAACAGCAAUCUCUACGCCAGAAUUUCUCUUUCGGAUGCUUCGGGCAAAACUAUAUACACCACCCCAGGAUCGACGUCCAGCCCCGGAGUCCCGAUCAAUGACGGUCAUCGAUGGGAGUUGAAGGAAGACGGGAUGGGAAACACGCUAAUUAUUGUGGGUGAGCAUCAAAAUGAUUACAUGCAGUUCUACUACGGCGACCAAGCGUGGACGACCUCAUCAAAUACCGGAGCCGCUGCGUCACGGACAUACGAUUGCGAAUACAAAUGCUAG